CAAAACCCGGAGCUCUCGCGAAAGAUAAAUGGCCAUAUCCACCUUCACUGACCGGUCAAGCAUCUCGAUCAUCUUUGCAAGUCUGAAAAUGUUUUCGUCUUCUGCAUAUCUUCUCGCUCUCCCGUUCGUCGCGUCAGCACUAGCUGACCAGGCCUGCCCACGCAUCCCAGGCAUCCAAAUCUACGCAACCACGCCAAACGAGGGCCUCUCGGAUGGACGAUUCACCUCCUGUGAGAACGGCUUCGACAGCCCCAAGGUGCGCGCCGGCAAUGCCUCCUCGUACGACUGGUGGUACUUUGACGCCAUUGGCACCGACGGCGUGUCCUCCCUGGCAGUCACGUACUUUGUCGAAGCACGCCAGUCCGGCUUUACGGUGACGGAGAACUUCACCAACCAGGAUUUUGUGCAGAUCUCCGGCACCUUCCCCAACGGGACCGCCUUUAGUGACUUCCUGUUCGCGGACAAUGCGAUGGUGUCCGCCAUGGGCGACGGGUCCAGCGGGCUGUGGAAUGGCACCGGUGCCUCGUGGGCUGGGAGCCCUGAUCUGUCCAACUAUCUCAUCACGCUCGCCGGGAGCCACCGGGGCUACGAAGGGACUUUUUCAAUGCACUCUAACGCUGAUCAGAUGUCCAAGGUCGCCCCGCCUCACUAUCCUUGCAGCCCCAAGCGCGCAAACGAAACCAUGGAGGUUCUUCCCGGCGUGGGCUGGGCCAAUUCCAUCCCCGACGCCGACGUGACCGUCAACAUGACCGUCCACGGCUCGACGCUGAGUUUCAUCGGCACCGGAUACCAUGAUAAGAACUGGGGCGUCAUCCCCUUCACCGAUGCGGUCGGUGGCUGGUACUGGGGCCACGCGCGCAUGGGCCCCUAUUCCCUCGUCUGGCUCGACUCGCUCACCCCCAGCAAGGACGAGCACACCAGCGGCUACGUCGCCUACCAGGGACAGAUCCUGCACGCCGAAUGCAACAAGAUGACGGUGCGCCCGACGGGGCCGGACGUGCACUUCCCACCCCGGGGCGAUGAUUCGCUCCCCGAAGGGUUCACUAUUGAGGUCGAUCUGGGU